AGGAAUAUAUUUGUUUACCACUGUAACUAUAGUUACCAAACGAGCUUAUUUCAUUCAAGUUUUCGAACGUUGAAGUUUUUGUCGUAUAUUCGAAAUAAUUAAAUAAAAACUUUUAGUAUGAAUUGUUUUACAUUUAUAUUAAACUUUUAAAGCCGUAUUCUAUUCUAAAAAAAAGAGAGAUGUUAGGCUUAAUAACAUAAUACUGAUAGAAAAUUAUGUUUAGUUAAUUAUAAUCACUUAUGAUUCUAUUUUCUAAUUAAGUUUAUAAAUUAUACACAAAAUCUGGUAUUCAGCGAAGGAGGAGUAUAAAGUUAUGGCAUCAUCCCAUCAUAAAUUGUCUCAAAAUAUUGGAUUUGUCCGACGAAAAAAAGAAUGUGAGCUUCCUGGAUUAGAAGGCUUGCCUCUACUUCCUCCUAUCCCUUCUUUGAAAAACUUUCCUAAAGAUCGUUAUAAGAAUAGCAAACUUCUUAACUUUCGACUGUUUGGUGAGAAACAAAAAGAACAACAAAGAAAGCUUGAACAGAAAGCAAAAAGGAUUCAGAGAUGGCUUGCAGAAAAUCCUGCACCUGCACCUCCACCUUAUCCAGGUUUAGUACAUCAACAAGAGUUUUAUGUAGGGGAACUUAAAAAAAGUGUUGCAUCAUCUCCGAUUGCUUCAUUGCCUCAGCAGUGGCAAGAAGGAAUAUUAAAGCGCUCGCUGUCCUUUCAUAAAUCUUCCACCAACUUGAGCCCAGUAAUUGAAAGGCUAUUAGCAGAUGUAGAGGAGAACUAUGUGAAGACUAUGAGGAAAGCUGCAGUAAAUCAUGUUUUCAAGGUAUCAGAAGAACAAGUAACAAAAUCUAAACAACCACAAAUACUUCUAGAAAUGGUGACAGAGGAAAAGCAGACAAGAUUUAUGAACACCCGAAAAAUCCUAGAGAAUAAGUUACAUAUAAUGCAUCCCACUGUACGCAAAGUAAUGGAUUUAACCAAAUGCUAUCUAUCCAAAAUUCAGUUGAUAGAUAUUAGUAUUUUUUACUCCCAGAGGCCCAUUGACCUAGAAGAUUUGGAUGAUGCUGUGAUUGCUGAAUGUGGAAAAACUGAAUCCAAGCUAAUGCAAACUUGGUGGCCCGAAGUAUCAGCUGUGCUUGCAAACAGAAAGGCUCUAGAAGGAUUAAAAGGUGACAAACGUAAAAGCCUCCUCUCUUGCAUCGAUACUUUCAUAACACUUCAGGCAAGACAUUUAUCAUCUGUUAAAUAG